CCCAAAAUUCAACAACCAACACGGGCACAGGUUUAAGUUGGUCGCCGAUGAUAACAGGAUCACCCUUAACAAAAGUUAAAUCAGAAAUUGGUUCAGAGAUUACGGUGCCAACAGACAUUUUUAUCUCAGAGUAUUGCACGAGA